CCCGGUGGCGGAGUCAGUGUGGAGCUGACGUCGGCGAAAAGAAAUCGGCUUGUAACAGUUUUCCUCCCAGAAUGGAAGCAGCCGUGGAGGUGAAAAGGACUAAACUCGCUUGACUUGGCAGGAUAUUGAACUUUCUAUUUUUUUCUCUCUCCUGGGUGCAAGACAGUCGUUACAACGAAGCCAGUCUUUGUGGCUGCUCAUCUCAUAGUGCCCCCGUAUGGACGAUGAGGAGGAUGAUGUGUUUGAGCCAGACACCCACUGCUGGCGCACAACAUUCAGGGAGAUAAAGUGUGAAGACCGGGGCACACAGACUCCUGGUCCUGCCCUACAACCAAACAACGGCAUGCUGCCCUGUGGAGUCGCAGAGGAGCCCAGACCACUCUUCUACGGUAACGCAGGUUUUCGACUGCACUUCCCAGCACACUUUGAGCUUAUUGCGAGGCAACAAGGAAGUGAAAUGGAGCAAAAUGGGAUGGAGCAGCUGCCCCGGCAGCAACCUAUGGCACACAGCGUGGAGGCUUGCAUUGGACAGAAACUCCAGCUGAUAGGAGACCAGUUUCACCGGGAACACCUACAACUGUAUCAUCGAAACCAAAGGAACCAGGGGCCGCUGUGGUGGCGCCUGGUCGCAGCCAUUCUCAGCCUUCUGUUUGACGGGGGGUUCAUUGCUGGAGGAGGUGGUGCAGGACGGAGGUGAGGGAGUCUUCCCCUUGCGUCCCUUUUCUUCAUCUCUGUAAGGAACUGGACUCCUACAUGGCACUGUCAAAUCUAACACGGGUCUGUUUGGGGGAGAAAAGAAAGGAGACACAAAGGUCACCGCGGGACGGAGACAACCAACUUUUGUACAAGGUCGUGUUUUUUCUUUCCAAGAAGAUGCCAUGAUGCGCCGAGUUUCCUCUAAAGUUUCCUCUAAAUGUUCAUAUUUUGGCAUAAUUGUGGUGUAGUAGUUUUGUACAGUACAUUGUUCUUGGUAAAGUUUUUGCACAUCAACAUGUAUCCAUCUUUAAUGACCUCCACAGACCCUGGGAAUGCCUUAGGCAGGACUCACGUGUGUGCGUUUCAGGCAUCAGCGGGACUUCUCAUUCACUUUGAAUGUGGUGACGUCAUGCGUUGCCAACUAACUUGUGGGUCCGUUGUUGUUCAAUCAAAUUGCAUUUAUCUUAUGACGAUCGCACCAGCAAAGACACCCCCCAAAACACCAGGCGCAUCCCCCUUCAAACGCUGAUGCCAUCUGCAUGUGAGUCCUGCCUUAUUCAGUGUCUUCUGCCAGAAUGAGUAUUGAGCAAUUUUGACAGGCUUAGAUGAGAUGGUUCGGAGGUGAAAGGAAAAGUGGUGUGACGUUUUCGUUUUUGAAGUUUCCCAGGCGACCAGUCAAGUUGAUUUACUAACUUCCAAAGAGGCAACUUCUCAGAACAAAGCAUUUUGCACCUCACCUUAAUGGAACAUUUAUCUUUUUCUUAUUUUCUUUGUUUUAAUUUCAGUUUUUUUUCUCACUCUCCCAUUUUCUUUGGUAUGGUAUUAAGUUUGAUCAUAAUCCCUCAGUAUCAUUCAAAAUAUUGGGAACAAAGUGAAGUAUCUGCACAUGGAAAAGUUGGCACACUGUGAGAUGCUAUCUAAAUAUCUUUUAAUAUGCACAGAUAGUUUUGAGGUAAACCUGUCUUUAGUCAUGUGCUACAUGUCAAACAUUGAAGACUGUGAUUGCCGAAGAAGUUUCGGGGUGGAGUUUGCAGUACUGAACAUCACUGUCUGAUCAAACAAGCCUGGUGACUGCCAGCAAACCUGCCAAACAUCCAAAAAGAAGUUUUUAUAAAACCAACCCAUGUGUAGCUAGCUGCACUGAAGUGUUGCAUUAACUAAUAAGACUAUGGAGCUGUAACAAACAGUCCAGUAGUGAAUAAGUAACAGUAGACUCAAGAGUCUGUUGGCAUGUUGACCUGAGUCAACAGUGUAAACUGAUCGAUACUUUAUUAAUCUCAGUAAGCUCAAAAUUUUGGUUUGUCACCCAAUUAUCUGAACAAAUCACUUCAGCUAACAUGUUUUUAGAAGGUUGUUUGCAACAAACCAGUUUGGAGAUUUCAUUUGUGAUUCUAUGUUGCCAUUUUAUUCUUUUAGUAACAGCAGUCAUUCAGUUGUGUGAUUGCUGUCUUAACUGUUCAGGGGUGUUUGUUAUUGUGCAACACAGUGGUCAUCUGUUAAUCUAAGGGUUAUUGCUCCUGGCUGUAGGUGGCGAAUGAUGUCUGAGAUGUAGCACACUGAAUAGAUAUCUAUAAUGAAAUCACAGGAUGCUGACUUUUGCAUGCAUAUAGAGAACUAUUGAAGGUCUAGCACCAUGCACUAUAUUAGAACAUAAGAGUAAAUCACACUGAUAUACUGAGCAAAGUAAAGCACCUGUCCACGUCAAAAAAAAAAUAAUAGUCUAGCAUUUUUAUCUGGGUUUUAGUUUCACCAGAUGUUCAGUUUUCAGUUUGGUCUUGUUCCCAAUUCCAUCCUCUAAUACACAACUUCCCUUUGUUAUAGGUGUAUUCUUUUCGUGUGAUUGUUUUCAGACCUCCAUGCCCUUGAAGUGGAGCUGUGGAUCCACUGUUUUUGCACUAGACUUACACCCUUCAAGAGUUCAGAUUGUUACCGCGCUAACCUCUGUCUUGUAUGAAGGUUUUCAGUUACGACUUGUUUUCUUGCCACCACAUUUCAGAUGUUUUCAUUCACAUGUCCAAGACAAAUAAUCAGUGUUGACACCUGACUGAACACAGUCUGGAAUCUGGAUAGGAUGUCGGUUCUUGAAAUUUCUCUUACCACUGUUUCAGGCUACAGCAGUAGUAGUUAUAGAGUGAGCAUUAUCGUCCCGUGCCUCGACUGAAAGGUUCCCUGGUUUGCUUUUCACAGCCACUGUGUGCUCUGAACACCAAACAAUAUGGCGUAACCAAUCUGUGAAACAGAAUCUCCUCCUCUCAGGCCUUUAUGGGGUUUUACAUCAUUUGAUAUUCUGUUGGGUGAUCUUGUGUUGUCUUUGGUGCUCAGAGAUCCGGGACGUUUAAGCACGUAUAACCACCACUGACUCAGCAGACAAACAGUCUCUGAAUUGAAACAAAAGUGAUAAAGACUGUAAUUAUUGUUGAAGUAUGAAUAUGUUUAAAGACACUGUUAAAGAUGCUGUUUGUUAUGUCUUUCUGAUUGCUGAACCCAGGCCAACGUUUGGACCCAAGGAGCAGUACAUAUCAGGGGUCUGCAAUUACUUGCUCCUUACAAUGUGUCAAGUUUAUCACUGCAUAAUUAGGGUUUUCUGUCAUUAUCUCUCAAGAUGUCUCAGGGACAGACUUUGUGGGCUACUGGUAACCUUGAGAAUCUGUUACAUGGUUAGAAGAAGAGCAGUGUUGUCACCCAUUUAUUUAUGAUAAGACCUCUCAAAGUCUUGUCAAGUCUCUUAUUUUCAUUUCAUUUAGAAAUUCCUCUUGGCCAAUUUCUCACAACACACAUAAAGGUACAGUUUGACCGAGGAGUCUGAGGCUGACUUGCUGGCUGUGGUGGUGACGGGAACUACUGAGUAUGUAGUCAUAGGCGUGUGAGGUGCACUGAAUGUGGUUGUGGUCAUAGUUUCCUGCGGAUCCUGAACGCUGAGCCAGUCCAUGUAGCACCCCGUCUCACCAUUGGCUCUUGACUUCCUCUCUGUGCUGCUCCUUCAGUUAUUGUUCAUCGGUUCAUUUUCUUUGUAAUUUAUUUUUUUCUUUUUUUUAUUUAUUUUGGUAUAUUUGCCCAUUUCUACUGUAUACACCUGUGUGUGCAAUUACUUCUUAUUUUCCUUUUUUUUUUGGUCUUGGACUUGUAUGAUUCUGUGCAGAGCAGGUUGGCCCUCAUUGAGCCUGACAUUUCUUCAAAUGAUACUCAACCUAAAUUCUGCCUUUUUCACAUCACUCACCUUUUGUAGGCUUUACAAGAACAGAUUAAAGUCAUGUGGUUACAGUUCAUUUCAGUGGUGGCAGGUCGGAUUGAUAGUCUGAUUUGGAAUAUAUUGUUGUUACCAUGAAUUCAUGACCAUAUCUGCUGUUCUUCAUAAAGAAGAAAAGUACAAACCACCUUUUCAGGCCUACAUGGGUGGGUGUUUGAUUCUCAAAAAAAAAAAAAGAUUUUGGUUGAAGUAUUUCCCCUAAAAGGUUGUGAUUUGCCAGGGAUGGGCCCAACCAGUUCUGACCUUUUUCAUUAACUUCCACCACCCUAUUCACCAGUCAUCAUGAGUAGUUUUACAAUAUGUGGUUGAGAAAAGCAGCAGCCUCGAUGCAGUUUAACCUUUCAACAGAUAUUAUCCUCUCCCUUAUAAUUAAUGAGUCAUCACCCAUCCCACCCAUCACUAAUGAUACACAUGACAUUAGAAAGACUCACACAGACAGAAAAUAAAGUUGCCUUCAUAUUCCUCUCAAGUUGCAGGGCGUUAGUUUUUGUGUUUUGUUUUUUUUUAAAUCUUAAUCAUUGUAUUGUAAUCAAUAUGCACUGGAAAGUACUUUGUUUCUGUAAAUCCCAAUAGGUCUCCUAUCUGUUGUGUGUUAAUGUAUAGUAUAUACUCUGGAUUGUUCUCUUGGGCUAAUCUUGCCAUGUGUCAGCCGUAUAUCUGUGCAUUGACCAAGUAGGCUCAGGUUUGAUGGCCUGUUUGAUUUAUUGGAAAGGGAAACAAGCCACCAUGGUGCCCUGUAUAAUUUUGUUAGAAUGAGGUUCCCAAACUCUGUUCAUCACAUUACAUGCGAGUGCAGAGAAUCCCAAGAGUGGGACAUGUAUUUUAUGGAAACCAUCAGUGUCUUGAAUUUUGUAGUCCACUUUAUAUAAAUUUGAAGGUUUUUUUUUUGAGGAAGGUUUUGAUUUUGAAUUUUUUUUAAUGAUAACAUUUUUUCUUCAUGGUCUUUCUUAACUUUUUAAAUUGUAUUUUCUUAAGACAUAAAAAAGGGUCUGCUUUUAUAAGGACAUUUCAUGCUUGUAAAAUAAUUUUUAAUACAGUACGAUCCUUUUUGAAGUCCAUAAGAUCAAGAACAUUUUUUAACGAAAAUGAACUUGCAACAUUCCUUGCACAUCUCACCCUGAUAUAUACACAAAAACAAGCAAACCAAAAUCGUUCAUGGUUGUGGUUAAUUUGGCUCACGAGCUUGUCGCUAUGAAAUAUUUACCCUUCUUUACAGGACAGAUAAAGUGUACAUGUAUUUCUAAAAACCCUGGAAUAUGCCUUUAACUGCUCAGUUUCAAUGAAGUCUUGAUUAUCACACACUCUCUGUAUACCAAGAAAUGAGACCCAGCGAAAAUGUAGCAUUUUUGUAAACAUUGACUGUGUGUUUUCGAGACUCUACUGUGCACUCAGUUUUUGUGUUUAUAUAUAUUUUUUGGUUCUUGAUAUAAUACGGAAGUAAAGACAAUUUGCUAUGUAGUGCAAUAUGCUGUAAAUACGGAGCUUUGCUCUACAAAUCUUUUUUCUGGAUUUCUUGUUGUUUAUUGGUACUUUUUUUCAAUAAAAUUUUAUUGAAGGUG